GUCCUAGUGCAUGUGCUGAUAGAUAUUUGUAGUUGUUCCUCAGACAGAGUCUAAAGUGGAUCGUCAGUCAGCCUUCCCGUCUCUAUAAGAAUCUAGAUGUGUGUAUCAAGGUGUCUGCGAUGUGUGGGCGUGUCUCUAGUUCCCAUGGCGAUUGUCUGCAUACUGUGCAACAUCCUGCUACUGGUUCCUGAGCUGAAGAUCCAGUUCCUGUUGGACGGUCAUGUGACUAGAGAGGCUACCUGGGCCACAGGACUGUGGGGCUCUGGCUUCCUGGUUCUACUUGGAGCUCGAGCCUUUGUCCAGAGCAGCAGAACCCGAGGCUGCUGUGCAUUCAGGAGUCAGAUGUUGUGCCAGCUGCUUUACUCCUGCCUGUGUCUGCUCUCUGCUGCCUCCUGCUGCCUGGUCAGUGCCACUGGUCUGUCUCAGGGUCCCCGCUGCCUCUACAACGACUCCUCUGGUCCCACCUGGGGGUCCCGCUGA